UGGCAAAUGUGACGCAUAACAAUGGUUAUUGUCUUUAUAUACGAAAUAACUCGCAUAUUAACAAAAUGAAACCGCAAACUAUGGUGUACGAUUCGGAAAAUAAAAUAUGGAAAUCGAAUAAUUAUGCUUUUGGUGAUUAUGUAAAGCAAACACUAGGAGAAAUAUUUCUAAAAACUAUGUCCACAUUGGAUGAAGAAAAAGUAUUAGAAUACUUCUACGAUACUGGUAUUGAGAGGACAGCUGGAGAAAUUUACUCUGAUGCAGUAAAAAUAGCAAUAAAUCUACAAAGAUUGGGUGUCGAGAAAGGCGAUGUGGUGGUACUCUAUUCGAUGAAUAAUCCAAAAAUAUCUGCUUUAGCAUUUGGUUGUUAUUUAAUCGGUGCAGUAGUUAAUUAUUUUGAAACAAAAUUUGAACAAGAACAUAUUGAUUAUGCACUCAGCAUUGUCGAUCCUAAAGUUAUACUUUUCGAAGAUGUUUACGAAACUGAUAUUAGAGACUCACUUAAUCGCAGUCCAUUAUUAUUUUUAAAAUACUUACUCUCUAUUGAUAGUCAAGCUGCACCUAAUGUAACUACUGAACUAUUAAUAGAUGUUGGACCAACUUUAUUGGAAAAAUUUAAGACCGUCAACUUGGGAGAUUCAACAAAAGCAACAGCUUCAUUGGUAUUUACUUCGGGUUCAACUGGUAUACCAAAAGCGGUUGAUAUAAGUCAUGCACUGCUCAUAAAUGGUUUCAAAACUUGGUGGUGUCAAGCUGACAAUCGUGCUGAUUUGCAAGCUGAUUCGAUAUUAUUUUCUUUUAGUCCAAUUCGUUGGAUUAGUCAAGUAGAUUUUAUGCUACAAUCUAUUUUGUUGGGUCUUAAACGCGUUUGUGCUAGCGGUUUACCAAGUGGUGCUUAUGGUCGUGAAAUUAUACAGAAAGGUGGUGUUACACAUUUUUUUUCAACACCUGUUAUCUUUACUGAAAUUUUACGCGCAAUUUCUGACAAAGAUAUACAUGCCUUGGACUCAUUACGUAUUGUGCAUUUAGGUGGAGAACCACCUUCACAGGCACUCAUAGAUUUGGCUAGACAAAAAGCACGAAAUAGCAUAAUCUAUCGUUGUUAUGGCAUGACUGAGGUUUCUAGCUGUAUCUCGAAUGAUGAACAUAUAAAUGGCGGUCCACUAUUACCUGGCUUACAAAUGAAAGUUUUAGAUGACAAUCUACAGCCUGUGGGGCCUAAUAUACGCGGCCAGCUGUGUAUAAAAGCUCCAGUGCCUUUUAAGGGUUAUUUAAAAAUGGAUAACUCGAAGUACUAUUUUGAUGAUGGAUUUUUUCUGACUGGUGAUUUUGGAUUUAUGGAUGAAAAACAUAAUUUACAUGUAGAGUCACGUUAUAAGGACUUAGUGAGAGCACAAAAUGGAAUAUUAAUACCAAAUCCGAUUGAAUCGUUAGUAGCCGACUUGCCUGAAGUAACAAGCGCUCGUUUGGUUGGUUACAAAAAAUCUCCAGAGGACGCUUAUGAUGUCGGUGCAAUAUUUGUUGCAUUAAAGGACAAUUUUAAAGAAGAUGAACGAAAGCAAGAAAUACGUUCGAAAAUUGGUUAUUUGUUAGAAUCAUCACUUUCCACUGCUCAACUGGAUGUCAUACGUCACAUCCACUUUAUUGAUACUAUGCCAUUGACUUCAGCUGGCAAAGUAAAUCGCGUUACUCUAAGACAACAAGCCCAGAAAAUGACUUUAUAAAUGUAGAUAUUUUAAUUAAAUGUUACAAAUCAUGUGUAAAUCGUUUUAGAUAUUCAAAAAAGAUAUAGGCAAAUAUUGGAAAAUAACACGUUGUAUAAGUAGAAAGAUAUAUUCAUGAUCUGUAUUACCUACACAACAUUUAAAUGAUAAA